UUUCAACGUCAUCCCGCUUGCUGUGUGCAUUGUGCCUCCCCACCUUAAAGACGAUAUUCUUAUCCUUGCCAGCCUCCAUGGCGAGUAACAUUCCUGCUGCUCUGAAGUCUGCGGACAUUGGGCGCUUUGCUGUCAGAGCAGCGCAGCUUGAACGUGUAAAGCCCGUAGUCGCCUAUUGGUGCAACUUCUGGAUUGUCAACCAGAUCAUUGAGAAAGGUCUACACACCUCUGAUGAUGAAGUGAAGCUAUACACUACAGAACUCGUCGAUAAGCUGGAAAAGUUUAAAAAUGAGAACCCCGAUAAUGAUACGGUGACAGAUGCCGUCGCGGCAAAUGCAUACGUGGAGCAAUUUGGUUUGGAGAUCUUUGGGCGUGCAGAGGCAACCAUGAGGGCCAACAAGGUGACAAAGCAAACUGCUGAUACGUUCCAAGCAGCUGCCACGUUCCUUGAACUCUGUCAGAUAUGGAAUCGUCUUGAGCCGGAGGCCGCUGCAAAAAUCAAAUUCGCCAAGUAUCAUGCGGUGAGGAUUGCGAAAGCAAUUAGGGCCGGAGAGGACCCGAACGAGUCGAACCCAGUUAUGAAAGAGGAAGAUGAAAUAGAGAGAGAUGGUUUGGAUGUGCAGAAGGAUGAUCCUGAGGUUCAGGCAAUUGUUGGAUCGCCGCCCACACAAUCGAGACAGCCGUCGGUAGAAGACGUCCCCGAGGAUUCUACGCAUCCUGCAGGACCAUCUCCGUCUUUACCGCAGCCCCCAACUGGUUUCACCGAAGUACCUGCUGCAUCGCAUGAUGCCGCACGUAGUCCAACCCAAGAUAUGGACGUUGACACAGAGCAAGGCGCACCGCUGAACCUCCCCUCAGCACCUGCGACACUCACGUCAUCUUCGACUUCGGUCCCUAAUCUUCCAGACACGCCUACACGCGUUGGAACCCACCAAUCUCCAGGGGCUCCCGACGCUUUUCAAUCCUUUCCUCCACCGUCGACAAUGCCUCCUUCGAGCCCACCAGCUGUCUCUCACGAUCCUAGUUCUUUCUACAGCCAACCUAGUGCCACACCUCAGCCUGCGCGAUCUCCUCCCGCAGCUGCUCCUGUAAUGCCACACCCAGCACCCAAGCCUGUCCAUGCAUCUACACCUAUAAUGUCUACUGCAUCCUCAUCUAGCUAUGCAAAUUCACAAGCAGUUGACGAUAAUUCCAUUGCUCUUGCUCAGAAGCACGCCCGUUGGGCUGUGUCCGCCUUGACUUUUGAUGAUGUCAACACAGCUAUCAAGGAACUAAAAAAUUCUCUGAAGUGUCUCGGGGCUGAGUAACGGCAGAGCACAAAUGCUACACCUCAGUGACCUGUCCAAUGAUUUUUAAGGUCAAAUUGUACGAACAAUUCCAUUUUCGUGCUUCUAUGUCUGCGUCUCCUAUGGAGAUGCUUAAGAGGGGCUUCACUCAAGACUCCUUUUCGAGAUAUUGUGCUGUUAUUCUACUUUGACUAUUAAUGAUGAGAUGACUAUAUAAGCACAUUCAUGGCUCUGCAACGAGUCGCAAUUGGUUUUCGAUUCAUGUACACUACUGUACGUC